AUGGAGCGUGAGAAGAUAGAAGUGGCAGGGUCAUCUAAACAGGAGCUGGAGAUGAAGGGAGAAGAGAGGGUUUUUGAUGAAGAAGACGAUGAUGAUGAUCAUCAAGAAAGCAAAGAGGUUUUUGGAAAUUUCGUUCCUGGCCCUCUUCUUCCUCUCAAAGUGCAGAUUGAGAAAGACAAGGAAGAUGAGAGUUUAAGAAGGUGGAAAGAGAAGCUGCUUGGUGGCCUUGAUAGUGAUCUAAAUGGGAAUGUGGAGCCGGAGGUUAAGUUUCACUCGAUUGGAAUCAUAUCCUCUGAUUUUGGGGAGAUUAGCACUCCAUUUCCCAUUUGUGAAGAGCAGAGCAAGCAGAUACAUUUCACCCUGCACGAGGGCUCCGAGUAUCAGCUUAAGCUAACAUUCUCCGUUCUUCAUAACAUUGUAUCGGGCCUGGCAUAUACAAACUCUGUUUGGAAGGGUGGAAUUCAAGUCGAUCAAAGCAGAGGAAUGCUUGGCACUUUUGCUCCACAAAAGGCCCCAUAUGUACACACCUUAGAGGAAGAGACUACUCCAUCCGGGGUGCUGGCACGAGGGGUGUACGCAGCCAAACUAAAGUUUGAGGACGAUGACAAGCGACGCCAUGUGGAGCUGAAUUACUCGUUCGAGAUACAAAGGAGGCACUAAAAGGUCUUGGUUUAUUCACAUUGUUGAAUGUUGAGUCAAAAAUGGAUUCUUUUCUCCAAUUUUCCUAUAUUUCCGUAGUUAAUGAGAACUGGAAUACGGGGUUACAUAUUAGAAUAUGAUAUCAGCUGAUCCCAACAAACAAACAUGGGAUUUCUUCUUCAGAAUCAAAGAUUAAUGCAUUUGCCAUAAUAGGCUUCUGGA